AUGAACGAGGACAACACCGAUGAUGCUGAAUAUGUUGACCUCACGAUUGACGACCAGUCGGCUGAUGAUGGGGCGGUAACAGCUGACGGUAAGGAAGACGUUUUCGAACACGAUGGACACUUGGAUGGUGAAGAUGAAUUGGAUCUGGCAAGCAAUGUUGAUGGUGAUGAGGAUGUCGAUAUCGCUGAUGUUGACGUGGCGGCUCGCGCUUUGCCAGGUAUUGAAGAGCAGAGAAGCAUCAUUAAACAGUUGCAGGAUGAAAACAGAGACGCGUAUGUGGAGGGCUGUCCUGUGAACGUGUUACCGCUGGCAUGGCUCGACACGUUCAUCAGCGGUGACGUUGGUGAUGAAGCGCUGGGGCCAAUAAACACACGAGGAAUACGAUCGGACUCGGGCGUGUUUUGUGAUACGUCACACUAUCCGUUGGCGCAUGUCUUGCCACAGGUGUUUGACCAGUUGGUGUCGUGGUAUGGGUUAGCUGCGGGCUGCCAACCGAUAACGACGUAUAUGAUUGAUAACAAUGGUCAAUUGGAGCCGGAAUAUUGUAGACCAAUAUUCCAAUUACAUCACUUGGUGUUGAAUGCGCCGCAAUAUACAUCGUAUGCGCAGGUGCCUACGUUGACCGUUUCACAGUUCAACACCUGUCAAGAGUUGAUACAGAUGUGUAUACACGUGUUGGAUGGCCGUGAGAACCUAUCACACUCCCCAGACUUCCACGACUUCAAGUUUAGAGUAUGGGUUGUUGAGGAUCCGAACAUACACUCGCUGAACUACCAACUUACUCCAGCAACGUUUUUAUCGUUAAGCACGAAAGUGUUGAUAACGGGGAAAUUCUUCCAAGCGUUAAUCAAAGACACCGGACUUCGAGUGGGGCAUUUGGUGAUUGAACAGAAACAGUCCAUCGCCAUGGGUAAAUCUAAACAGCUGAAGUGUUGGCCUGCGAAUUAUAUGGUUCACUUCCCACCAACUCCAUCUAACGGCUGUGUCGGUUUACAAAACUUGGGGAAUACCUGUUACAUGAACUCGGCAUUGCAGUGCCUAGUACAUAUCCCUGAAUUGACACAGUACUUCUUGUUCAACAGCUAUUGCAAUGAAAUCAACGAAAACAACCCUUUGGGAAUGGAUGGAAGAGUGGCACGUGCAUUUGGAGAUUUGAUCCACCAUCUAUUUGAUAAAAAACCAUCGCACUCAAGCUUUUAUACCCCAAGGGAUUUCAAACAGGUUAUCGGACACUACAACAGUAUGUUCUCUGGUUAUCAUCAACAAGAUUCUCAAGAAUUUUUGGCAUUCUUAUUAGAUGGGUUACACGAAGAUUUGAACAGAAUUAUUAAAAAACCAAUAACGGAAAAUGUUGAGCUUGAUGAAAACGAUGCUGCCAAUAUAGAAAAGGUUAAAGAACUAGCAGUUACAAGCUGGCACAAUCAUAAACUUCGUAACGAUUCCGUGAUCAUUGACUUGUUCGUUGGAUUGUACAAAUCAACGUUGGAGUGCCCGUCAUGUGGUAAGAUCUCCAUUACUUUUGAUCCCUUUAACGAUUUGACAUUACCAUUACCAGUGGAUAAUUUUUGGUCGGGUUCUAUCGACUUAUUCCUUGAAGAUGGGAACUUAAAAUCCUUCCAGUUGGAGUUACCAAAGACCGCAACAUACCAAACUUUGAAGUCAUACGUCGCUUCAAAAUUGCAACUCAAGUCUGAACACUUGUUUACCGCAGAAAUUUGGAAUCACCAAUUCUAUAGGAAUCUUGAGGACUCAGAAUCACGCUCUGGUUAUUUACCAAUUUCAGAUUUAAUCACAAGUGGUGAUAAGAUGAUCAUGUACGAGGUGAAACACAAAGAAGGAGAUUUGAUUGUUCCUGUACUUAAUACUGUCAAACCACCCACCAACUCGCCAGAUGCAUUUGGGGUUCCUUUCUUCAUUUCCCUUGACGAAAAGGAAAGACGUUCGUUUGGUGCUAUAAGAAAGAAAAUUGAACACCGUUAUGAACAACUAAGUACAUUCAAGUACUUUUCAACCGUUCGUGCAAAUCAAGACGAUAAGUUAUUUAACAAGGCUGAUUUCCCCCUCAUUAAAUCGGAUGAAAAUGUUUCAGAUGACUCUGAAUCUAUUGUUUCAAUGGCAAACCCAGAAAUUUCGGGGGACUACGCCUUCACUAUAAAGAUAUUCGACUCGUCUAAGGAAAUCAAGUCUAGAAGAAGAAAUAUGGGCCAUUAUAGACCUUCCCCAGCUGCUUCUUGUAAUGAAAAGGUGUGGACCCCAUCAACUAACAACAACUUCACAAAUUUACCUGAUUUGCUUGAUUUGUUACCGGAGCAGAAGAAGGUGUAUUAUACUUAUGCUCGGAAGCUGGAUAUUGAUACAACAACUGGCUCAGAAGAGUCUAAUGAUGUUGAUGUAAUGGAUGCCAGUGAAACGUUGGAUCAGUCCAAACUACCUGGUGAUCUCGAUAUUGAAAGUGUGAUCGGUACUAAUGAUGGUGGUGUCAAUACGCCUUUGACAGACUCUUCACUGGAUAUAAAUAUUGAGCCUCUGACUGUAGAUAUUCCAGAAAAAUCAGAAGACACGCAUGGAAAGGUUGUCGGCACUACAGUAACGGUAACAGAUCUUGUUUCACCAAAGCAAGCGUUAAUCUGUGAAUGGGACCCAGACAACUUUGAUGCAUUUUUCUCAGGCUUAGAUGAUGAAGGGGAAGGUGGUAAGGAAACCUGGACCACACCAGAGGUGUUGGUAAAUGAAGAGGUUGUCGAAUCACAACGUCAACGAGAAGAACAGAAAAAUAAGAAAUUAACACUUGACCAAUGUCUCAAGUUAUUCUCAAAACCCGAAGUUUUGGGUGAGCAUGAUCUAUGGUAUUGUUCAAGAUGUAAAGAGCAUCGUCAAGCUACAAAGCAAAUCCAGAUAUGGUCUACGCCGGAUAUCUUAACCAUUCAUCUAAAGCGUUUUGAAAACCAGAGAAGCUUCAGUGAUAAAAUCGAUGCCGUUGUUGAUUUCCCAAUUGACGGUUUGGAUAUGUCACAAUAUCUUGCGUGUCCCGUGGAGAAUCAAGCCGGCAUGAUCUACGAUUUGUUUGCUGUUGAUAAUCACUAUGGUGGUAUCGGAGGUGGCCAUUACACUUCGUAUGUCAAGAACUUUGUUGAUAAUAAGUGGUAUUACUAUGACGAUUCUCAUGUUCGUGUUAGCUCACCAGACAAUGCCAUCAGCGGAGCUGCAUACUUGCUCUUUUACAGAAAACGUUCUAGUGGGUUCCUCGGUGGUGAAAGACUGUCAGCUAUGCUGGAGAAGUCUAGAGACCAGUAUGAGGAUAACGAAAAGCUCAAACUGAGUGAGCUGGAGAAAGUUUUCAACCAAACAGAGGAAGACGAUGAUGACAAUGACGACGAUGAAGAGGAUGAGGAUGACGAAGAAGAAGAGCGCAAGAGUGAAAGAAGUGCAGGGUCUGUUAACGACAGUGCCGACGGCAAGGCUAACCUCAGCAGCUCCUCAGAAAGUUUUGAGACUGCUAACGGCACCACUUUGAAGAUUCAAACAGACGCUGUUGGUGGAGAUGACUCAUCUGAUAAUGUCUCGAGCAUACCAGUGGGUACCGAUGACGAGGAAGAUUUGUCCAAUUAUCGUCGAAAGCAAAGACUCUUAAGUCGUGGCAUCAAGUUCCCACUUGUCGAUACUGACUCGCCGGCUGUAGGAUCGCCGACCUCCAAUGUGUCUGAUGAUGACUCUUCAACGUACAGUUCCCACGUUACUGUUCCAUCUACGAUACGUCAUCCAUUAUGA